GAGGCGGCGAUGAGGCUCCCGCUGGCUUUCGCCGUGCUCCUCCUGGCCUCGGCGCAGGCGCUGGCCGAGGAGAUGGGCGCCACCGACGACCUCAGCUACUGGUCCGACUGGUCCGACGGCGACCAGGUGAAGGAGGAGCUGCCGCUGCCCCUGGAGCACUUCCUGCAGAGGAUGGCCCGGAGACCCCGGCCCCAGCAGUUCUUCGGCCUCAUGGGCAAGCGGGAUGCCGGAUAUGGCCAGAUCUCUCACAAAAGGCAUAAAACAGACUCCUUUGUUGGACUUAUGGGCAAAAGAUCUUUAAAUUCUGGAUCCUCUGAAAGGAGCAUAGCACAGAAUUACGAACGGAGGCGUAAAUGA